GAGAACUUCACUUUUUGGAAGAGCAAAGAGAAGAGAAGCGAGAUGUUCCGUCCAUUGCUUGCUUGUUUUUUUCUGGUGGCCUUUGGACAACUUCUGGAGGUCCAGGCCAGAUCGAAGGCUGCUGCUGAGGAAGUUGAGGGUCAAGCAAAACAAUUGCAAGUUCAGGCACUAAAGGACCUUCAGGAAAAAGAAGAAGAUGUGGGGAAAAAAGCAGCUGAAGCUCAUGUAAAACCCUUGUCAGUUCCAGCAGCAAAUAACCUUCUGAAUCAUGGACGUCUGGUGAAAAGAGCUGCUCCUGAAGAACAGGAAGAAGGAGUCGGUCAAAACAAUCAGGAAGAAGGAAGAGGAAGAGGAAAGGGGAAAGGAAAAGGAAAAGGAAAAGGAAAAGGAAAAGGAAAGGGGAAAGGAAAAAGGGGAGGAAAAGGAAAAGGGAAAGGAAGAGACGCUCAGGGUGAACAAAUGCAACAGGCUGGCGAUCAGUAAGCACUACUGGUGCUGCCAAUGUCGGAAGGAAGACCAAGCUAUUAGACAAGCUGCUCCUUUCCUCCUAAUUAGAAGCGAUCACUCACCUGAUGAAAUGUACCAAAAAGCAAGGCUGGUGGUGGGAAUAGUGAUUGUUUACUUCUGUCUGCUGGGUUUAGGGAACUUUCAAUGACAAUAAAGUACGAGCAUCAUC